UGUUCAUGUUCUUCAGAGCAAUCUACAGAUUCACUAUAAUCUCUAUCAAAACUGCAGUAGCAUUUUCCUUCCUCCCUUCCAGUAGCAUUUUUCCCCAGUAGCACUUUUUCUUCCUUCCUUCCUCUCUCUCUUUCUUUCUUGCAAAAAUAGAACCAUCCUCAAAUCAUCUGGAAUCUCAAGGGACCCUGUGUAGCCAACCCAGCUUUGAAAACAAAGUUGGUUUGGAAACGCUGUUUCAAAACAUACUGUAAAGCAGAGGUAAUCAGGAUAGUGUGGCUUGAAGACAGGUGUGUAGAUCAUGGGAAUAGAAUAGAGAUCUCAAGCCUUGGGUAUGUGCUCAGAUUAUUUUUUGGCAAGUGUAUCAGAUUACACAGGGCGGGGGAGAAAAGGCAGAGUCUUCAGCAAACAGUGUUGGCCAAACUGGACGUACAUGUGUAAAAGAGUAACGUUGGGCCUUUAUUUUGGGUUAAAGACCAAAAAGUGAAUUCCUAACAAAAGUAGAAAAAUAAUUUAUUAUUCAGCCAUCUCCCCUUUGGCUUUGUAUCCAAAAGAAUCCAGAGCAGGAUCUCAAAGGGAGAGAGUUGCACACAGGUGUACAUUGCAGUGUUAUUCUAAAUAGCCGAGGGGCCACUGACAGAUGAAUGGUCCAGGCAAUACAGUCUAAUAUCAUGCAGCACUAAACAAGAAGGAAACUGUUACCUGAAUGAACUUGCAGACAUUGUGCCAAGUGAAAUAAACUGGUCACGAAAGGAUAAGUACUGUAUGAUUGUACUCGCGUGAAGCAUCUAAAGAUGUCAAAACAAAGUAGGAAGGUGAUUGCUAAGGGGUAGGGAGAAAGGAAAAUGAAGGAGAAUUAGUGUUUAGUGGGUAUAGAUUUUUAGCGUUGCAAGAUGAAAAAGUUCUAGAGAUCUAGGUGAAUGUCCUUAGCACUUCUGAACUGUGCACUUAAAUGGCUAUGAUGGUAACUUCUGUGUUACGUGUUUUUAUCGCAAUGGAAGUCACCCUCACCAAAGUAGAUGUUGGUCCCUACCUUUAGGGGAUCUUGGAAUCGAGUCAGAAGCAAUAUAGUUUUAGCUUAUUUGUGACUGAAAUUAUUGUAGUCAGGGAGUGAGCAGGGAAGGCUUCCUGGAGGAGGUAGGUCUUGGGUUUUGGUAGUUGUAGCCCCUAGUCUACUUGGCAGGUCUUUUUCACCUUGUGGCCAUUGGUAAAGUGAUUCGUGUUUUGAAACAUGCCACUGAGAUAGAGUGUGGGUUUUCUUUGGGGGUAAUGAAGUGGACGUCUGUUGCUUUCCAGGCUAAAUGAGCAGCUUUCUACCCAACAUCACUACCGAUUCAGCAGGCCUAUAAAUGUGCCUCUGCCUUGCUGAGGCCCACCGAUGCGAUCCAGUGGUCCACAUCCCAGCCAAGCCACCUCGUGUCCUGCUUGCUUCUCUACAGGUUUCUAUAGGCAUCUGCCUAUUUGCUUUCAGAUUCCAAAGGAGAACUAGGCUCAUAAAUCUUUAGGAAACCCCAAAUGAAUUACAGUUUUACCCACUAGAGUUGUUACUUUAAUGCCUCUCUAAUUAUCUUGUGUACUCAGACUCCAGAUACUCAUUGGGGACGAAAAGUGAAAGCAGUGUAGACAACAAGUGGCAUCUCCUCUGUUAAAGUUCCAUCGGGCUCAGAGACCUCAGAUCCAUUCCUGCCCUUGACCUGCUUUUCCCUCUGUCACAGGAGCUGUCACCUGCAGGAAUAUUUCCGAGUUUCCCUCAUCAGCUGGCUUCCUCUUGGGUUUGACCAACGGAAGAUGCUGGCAGGAACUGGAAGGUCACUGGAAGGACUGAGCGCGUUCGGGAGCCUGGAGGAACUCAUCUUGGACAACAAUCUGCUCGGGAACGACCUCGUGUUGCCAGGGUUACCCAGGCUCCAUACCUUAACCCUCAACAAGAACCAGAUCACUGACUUGGAGUGUCUGCUUGAUCACCUGGCAGAAGUGACACCAGCUUUAGAGUACCUCAGCCUGCUGGGCAAUGUGGCCUGUCCCAACGAGCUGGUCAGCUUGGAAAAGGAUGAGGAAGACUACAAGAGAUACAGAUGCUUUGUUCUGCACAAGCUGCCCAAUUUGAAGUUUCUGGAUGCCCGGAAAGUAACCAGACAAGAACGAGAGGAAGCUUUGCUCAGAGGGUCAUUCAUGAAGGUGGUGAAGCCCAAGGGUUCUGGAGGCUGGAAGUCCAGAUUGUGGUGCCACCAUGGUCUGGAUUUGGCUUCCAGCGACCGCGUCACAGCUUCUCCAGAGAACCACUAUACACCCCUGCCUGCUGCUUCAAGGGAUCUCACCAAUCACCGAGCAAAGUGCUGUUUGUGGAAAUCAUGUUGGCCUGAAAGGAUCUCAGUCGGUGCUAACCUGAGGCUUUAUAGGUCACCUGAUGGAAUCCAGAGAAGAGAAGGUGUCCUGGGGAAGUGUCGCUAUGUUUACUACGGGAAAAACUCGGAGGGCAACAGGUUUAUCCGAGAUGACCAGCUCUGAUGGCAAGUUCUGUAUGCUUUAGCCUGUGUCGUAAGAAUAAAAGAAAAAAGGCAAGUAAAAAUAAAGGAAAAGCUAAAGAAAAAA